AUGGCCAGCCUACUCAAGUCCAUCCUCCUCCUGGUCCAGCUCUCAGGCCAAGCCCUCGCGCUUCCCUACUAUGACGACCCUCCCGCGCUCACGACGACCUCCGUCAGCACUCAAACCCAAACUUCCUUUGAGCUGCCCUACGAAACACUCGCCGUCCGUCAGGGGACAAACUCGACAGACAAAGACACUUCCUUUAAGCAAACUUGCAAGGACAUUUCCAUCGACAUGCCCGAUGGCGACCUGAACAAGAAUGACGGCCCCGAUGGGAAUUCAUACAAGAACUCGCCCCGGCUGUCCGCAAACUGCCAAGAGUCAAACGGUAACUACCGAUGCGCCAGCAUCAACUUGAGCAACUGCGUCGCCAACCUAGAGGGCUGGCUAGCCUGGGCAAAGGACGGCAACUUCCACACCUCAUGCAAGGACUGCGGACUCGAUAGGAAUAAACGUGAGCUGGUCUGCAGGUGCAAAAAGUACAAAGGUUCAACUGACUUCUCGUUCAUCUAUCUUGGUGAGUGGAAGGCCGCGCUCUCCCCCAAGUCGUAUUGA